AUGAAAUUUCGAAUACCUCUAUAAAAACUAAAAAAACAGCUGAUUGAUUGUUAUUGCCCACAUCUUAUGGGUGUUUAUAAAUUAUGAUUAACUUAUUUUAGUAAGAAUUGCCUAAAUAAUAAAUUCGUAAAUUAGAUACUUUUAAUUAUCUGAUGAUGACGACUGAGGCAGGUGAAAACGUAUCGAAAACAUUCAAAUUCUCAUUUCCUACAUGUACAAAUAAAGAAGUUCUUUUUAAAUUGGAAGUGCCCGUGGAUAUUCCUUACGAAGGAUCUUCACGUGAGCUGGUCCAACGUGUGUUAAAAAUGUUUCAUAUUCCUGUAUACUUGGAAGACGAGUUAAAUGAAAAGUUAGCAGAAUUUAUUGCUGAGGAAACUAAAAACUAUCACAAUGAAAGAGAUGAAAAAUUACUAAACCAAUUGAAAAAUGGAGAGCUAAAUAUUGAGGGAAUUAUCAAAGGGUGGGAGAAAAAUUUCAAAGAGAAUGUAUUAGAAUUCGCUGAACAGAAGGGCUCCUCCGAUGAAGAAGUAUUUGCAACAGCCUAUCACAAAUUAGUCCAUUCUCCAGCAUUAGAAACAAUAUUGCAAGUGGAAAGCUCCUAUGCCAAGACAGUUAUGAAUAUGAUUCAAAACCGUGAUAAGGAUAUCAAAAACCUUACUGAAAGGCAAACUCAAGAAAUGGAAGAUAAAAUCAGACUACUUAAUAUCUCAACAACAGAAGAGGAAAUUAAUGCUUUAGCUGGAAAGCAUUUUGAAGAGCAAAGUGUAGCAGCUGGCCAUUGGGAGUCCCAACUGGAUGCUUUAAGACAUGCUCAGAGAGCAGCUCAUAGAGCUUGGCUGAUGACUGCGUUAGAUGACUAUCAGCUUAAUGAAAAUGCUACACCCAGUAACUCUCCACUAUGCAUGUUCCCUCCAGAUUUACCUGGGCCGAUUCAACCGGCUCCACCAAGGCUAGAAGAGAGUUUUACCAUACAUCUAGGAUCACAGCUCAAACAAACACACAAUAUACGACUAGUCGCUGUUGAUAUUUUGGAUCUGUGUUCUGUGAAUCGAGGAGAUAGCGGCACAUGGAACCGCGCCCAACCAGCUCUAGGAUUGUACUCAAACGACCUAUCAGCUGUAGUACUAUUGGCUGAGCACGAGCCGUCACGUUCACCUCUCGUUGCCCUCGCGAGGCAGGCCACGGAACAUCACUUCGAUGACGUUGAGAUACAGUUACGAGAUAUCGCUGAAAAAGUAAAGGAACCGGCAGAAAAGCGUAAUUUAGAACGUGUAGCAGGUGACGGGCGAGGGCGAAGCGCCCGGGUCAAACGCUCGCUGCAGCCCGGGGACGUGUAUCUAAGCAGACACAGCAAUUUGGCGGAUGCACAUUUGGUCUAUCAUCUCGUCAUAGAUGAUGAGCAGAUGAAAUCUGGUGAUAUGACGUCUCGUCACCCAGCAAUUCUCGCGUUACGCAAUAUCUUAAAGUCGGCUUCGUGUAAUGACGUCACUUCUAUUGCAUUACCAUUGCUUCUUAGACAUGACUUAACUGAGGAAAUGACAAUGUCGUGGUGCAUCAGACGAGCGGAAUUAGUGCUCAAAUGUGUAAAGGGCUUUAUGUUAGAGGGAAGUGGAGGGGGCGGGGCAGAACUACGGACUCUCACCGUGGCGUUGCCUUCUACCACUAACCAAACGUUAUUUAGUGCUCUAGCAGAUUUAUUGACGAAUAUAUUUAGAUUGGCCGGACCUGUGCGGCAAAAUAAAUUAGAAUAGAAAAUAUUGAUCUGAUUCAAUUAGUUAGCACUCCCUAACAAAACCCACAAUAGUUUCUCCACACGACGAAAAUUCGAAAAGUUCGUUCAAUACAUGGUCAGUUAGGUAUAGUAAUAGAUAAAAUCUUAUUUCAAAAUUAAAUAAAGCAAUAAAUCUUAACUCAUUUGACUUCCAAAAAUACUUUCUCUCACUUUCAAAAGGAUGCAGGUUGCGUACUGUUUAAAAAAAAUGUUGAUAAUUCAUGGUUAAUUACCCAGAUCUAAAGCUUUUCUCUUUUACGAUAGUAUACGUAGGUAAAUAAAAAUAUGAAUACAUAUAUAUUUUUUCAUUCUAUAACGGAAAAGUAUCCUAUACUUUUUACGUACAUUAGAUUAUUUAUCUUUUGUGUAAAUGUAUAUAAUUAUAUCGUUCUAUCCUAUUAUUAAAUAA